AUGUCCACUUUCAAGCAGCAAACCCCACACAGCCCCAGCAGCCGCUCCCGCAAACCCCACAAACUCGAAAAACCCUGCAGCAGCAGCAGCAGCAGCAGCAGCAGCAGCAGCAGCAGCAGUGGGGAAGGUGGCAGCAGCAGCAGCAGCAGCAGUGCAGUGGGGAAGGUGGCAGCAGCAGCAGCAGUGGCAGUGCAGAAGGUGGCAGCAGCAGCAGCAGCAGUGGAGAAGGUGGCAGCAGCAGCAGCAGCAGCAAUGGAGAAGGCAGCAGCAGCAGCAAUGGAGAAGGCAGCAGCAGCAGCAGCAGCAGCAGCAGAAAUAGAAGUAAAAUGA